UUUUGAAAUGGCAUCUGCAGAGCAUUCAAAUAUUUGCCAACAACUAAAGGUUGGUGAUCUAGUUAAAGUGCUUGAUUUACUCAAAUGUAAUGACUAUUCUGAGACCAAUUAUUUUAAUCUUGGUCUGCGUCUUGGUCUAUCAGUUAAUACAAUAAAAACCAUUGAAGCUAAUCACACAGAUAUUGGAAGGCGUCUCAGUGAGUGUCUUACUAAAUGGUUAGAGAAAGCUGAUGAUGUACAGAAGACUAAAAGUGGUCCUACUGUCUAUUCGUUGGUAUCAGUAUUGAGGGAAACAGAACAACAUGCUGCAGCAGAAGGAAUUGAAAAACAAUAUGCUGUAGCUGAUGGAACUGAAAAGAACCCUGCUUGUAAAAUUUUUGCUGGCUUUACUUCAAAUCAAUCUCUGUUGACUGCUUUACCUAAGAUGGUUUUGUUGUUACAAUCAGAAAAGCUAAUAGAAGAAAUAAUGUGCAUUAAAAAGGAAGAGAAAAUUCUUUUAAAUGAAAUUUCAAAAGCUGUUUACAUUGAUUCUAAAAAGCUGGAGGUGUUUGCUACAAUAUUGCUUCAGUAUUCAGCCACAAUAGAAAUAGGAAGCACUAUCAUGAGAGAAUUUAGAAAAGUUUUCUACUGUGAUGAAAGUUGUACUGAUCUUGCAAAAAAAGAUGCACUCUCAAGCUCAGCCUCAAAAUUUAAAUCAAUGCACAUGAAGUUUUGUUCCACAUUCAAUAAAGUUGAAUUAAUCAUAAAGGAAUAUCCUUCUUUGACACAAGACAAAAUCAAGACUACAUUGUUAAAUUACAGUGAAGAUUUGAUGCCUCAGUUAGCUCAGUGCCAAAAUAUUCAAGCCAUUUUGGAAUUGGUUAGAAAAUAUUGUUCACUAAAUGACAUAGAAAUGCUGAAGUUUUUUGUCAUGGAGCUGAAUAUAGAUGAAGCUAAGGUAGUUAUUCAGGAAUACAGUGAUGUUAUAGAGGAGUUUAGCAAAACUGAACUUAGUAAAUGUCUGAAUGAAAAGUUUUCUGAUGCUACACCACUUCAAUGUGAAAGGAUUGCCAUUGUCUUUGAUCAAAAAACCGAUGCUUGCACACUGGAUAAUGUCAGGAUAUUAUCAGCUAAUAUAUUUCACAAAUUGUCAUCACCACAAAAUAGCAGAACCAUCAAGUUAUUUCUCAUUAGUGAUAGCAACAAUUUCUUUACUAUCACUUGUUCCUUCCCUUUGAUUCUAUCUGAGCAGUUAAUUACAGCUGCUCUUAAUAAUAUUGAUGUAUUGAAAGAAAACAAAGUGAAGAGAUUAACCAUUGGAUACUGCACUGUGUAUGAGGCAACAGAAACAGUUGACACCCCUACUCUAUCCUAUGAAAAGCAAUUGCUAUCACCUAGUAGUGGUUUAUCAAAGCAAUUGAUGCUGUCAUUGAGUAUACAACUGAUUAAUUGUAAAGACGAGGAAUUAAAAAAUAAAAUGCAUGGUGUCGAAACAAUGAAAAAUGAAAUUUCAAGGCAAAAGUCAGAUGAAACUGGGCAAUUACUGCACCAAAAAGUAACAGAAAAAGAAACAGAUGAUGAAUCAAACCAAGCAAAAAAUUUACUAAUAACUGAAUCCAGUCAAUCCACACAAGAAGCUUUUGGUACUAGUUUUGAACCAACAGUAACUAAAGUGCAUUUGGAACAUAAUAACGAGCAGCCACAGAAGACAUCGGAAUUAUAUCAAGAGAAAACAUCACCAAAAGAUGAAAAAAUGAAAACAAAACUUCAAGAAAUGGAAAAAAAAUUGGUUGAAAAAGAAAAUGAAACCAAAAAAUUGCAGAAAGAGGUGUCAUUAUUGAGUUUGAAAGUGCAAUCAUUGAGUUCGAAAGUGCAGAAAAGUGACACUGAAAGACUAGAAUUUGAAGAUAAAAUUUAUGGCUUCAUUGAAAUACACCAUCCUUUAUUGAUAAAAAUUGUGAGAACAGAACAGUAUACAAGACUAAAGAAUAUUAAAAAAUUGGGCUAUAUUUAUCAUAAUAUGUCAAAAGCAACAUGUUCAAGAUAUGAUCAAAGUAUUGGAAUGUAUUAUUUUGCUGGAAAAUUUGUGAAGACACUCAAGAAAAGACAACCUGAGCUGAAUAUUACUGAUUCUGAUGUUUUGUGUGUACAAAUUGCUGCUCUUUGCUAUAAUUUGGGUCAUGGCCCUUUCUCUCAUAUUUUUGAGGAUUUUUUGAAGGAUUCCGAAAUCAGAGCUUCUAGAUCUUAUUGGAAAGGCUUACCUGCUAAUGUUAUGAUGUUUGAACAUAUGAUUGAUGUUAACAACUUGCCAUUUGAUGAAUAUUUGAAUGAACAAGAUAUCAAAUUCAUCAAAGAAUUAAUGACAGGAAUAAAUGGACCACAAGCUGCACUACGUGAAGAUAAGGUGUUCCUUUAUGAGAUAGUGGUAAACAGAAUGAGUGGUUUAGAUGUAAACAGAAUGGAUUAUACUAUGAGAGAUGCAGGUGUCUUGGGAAAGAGGAUUUAUUUCAAGUGGAGAAAGUUUCUAAAUAGAAUAUGUGUUAAAGUGUGUCCUGAUGGAAAGAAACAUAUUUGUGCUAAUGAAGAUGAUUUGGAUACUUACAAUGGAUUUUUUGGUGAUCGCCAUACCCUUUUCAGAGAAUUAUACUUUGAACGCAAGAACAGAAUUGUUGCUACAAUGGUCAACCGAAUUUUGAAAAAAUGUGGUGAAGCUAAAUUUAUCAGAGGGCCUGAUGGUAAAAGGUUGUCACUUAUUGAUGCAAUUAAAAAAAUGGAUACUUACAGUCGUCUUAACGAUGGAAUCCUGGAUGUAAUAAAUGAAACAGUUGAUGAUUCAGAGGUAGAAAAAUUGAUAAAAUUUCUGAGAAGUUCAAAGCUGUUCAUACCAAUUGGCUAUGUUAAAAAUUGUCAAUUAGAGAGAGGUUCACAACAAUUGAAAGAAGAAAUUGCAGAAAAGGUAGAAGGACUUGAAAAAGAUGACAUAAUUGUUGAUACUGAAAAAUCUGGUUACGAAGAAGCUAAAGAUCAAUUUAUGUAUUAUGUGAGUUCUAAUGGAACUGUACAAAAAUGGAUUAUAGAAUGGCAAUCUCCACCAGCUGGCACUUUCCCUGCUCGAUGGGGUGUAUUUUAUACAAAACAUGACAAAGAAAUGGUUGCUAAAAUAAAGAAUGGAAUACAAAAGGUGGUUCAAGAGAAUGGUGGAAAUGUUGAUAUAUUUAAAAAUGAAACUGAUGUUGAUCUUAUUCCAGUAGAGGACCCAGGCUCUAGUGACUAAAAAUUACUAUGCUAAUCAGAGUUUAGUUUAUUAAUAGUAAAUUAAUGAAAAGUAAA